UCCAGCUUCCCCCUGGAUACGGGAAAGCGUCUAGCUGCGGUCUCCACGGAGGAAAGGAUGGCUGUGUAGUAGUUCAAGGGAUGUUUCAGGGCGGCGUUUUAUGCAGUUAGAACGUCAAACCAUCAUGGCCAGUUGUCGGGGAAGCGUCGCUGUCGUCCCAACAACGACUUUAUCAACUUUUAAUACCUCAAAUCUUACGUUUUAGCCGCGCCGCUCUGCUGCUCUUUCUUAGCAUGGACGAUAAGGAUUAGUUAGCCUCAGCAUCACCCCAGUGACCACACCUCCUGGUGACAGUGUGGCUGCAGGUUUCUGAGCAAACAUGGGGAAGCUGCAGAGCAAGUUUCGCAAGAGGUCUGAGCUGUACAGAUCACCUCAAGGGGAGAAGGCUGAGAACACCUUUGACAGUCAGGUGUUACAGUAUGAACCUGCCCACUAUGGAUCCAUCAACACUGUGACCAAUCUCAGCCCAGACCUGUGUGUUUCUGGUGGCAGUGACCAGGCCGUUGUAGUGUACGACUGGAAACAAGGCCAGAUGUGUCAGUCCUUCCAGGGUCACAACAGAGAGGUUACCAAGGUGCUUUGUUAUCCCGGCAGUACAUGGAUCUUUAGUGCCUCGCGGGACAAAACCGUUCUCAUGUGGGACCUGAACCAGGGAGACGAAUCGAUUCAGGAGUUUUGUGGACAUGAGCUGGUUGUCAAUGGAAUCGCUGUCAGCCCUGAUGGAAGAAAGCUUUGCACUGGCUCUCGGGACAACUGGAUGUGCCUGUGGGAUAUAGAAUCUGCAAAAUGUGAACACAGACAUAACAUCUCAAGAAACCUGGUGACCCAUGUAUGUUGGGUGCCAGCUAGCUUUUCUGUAGUCCAGACCUCAGAGGAUAAAACUAUAAGGGUGUGGGAUAGCCGUUCGUGGCAGGUGACCAAUACCUUUCCAGCUAAGCAGUAUAUACAAACUCACUGUGAUGUCUCUCCAAACGGGAACUACUUGGUGUCCAGCAGCAACGGCUUUGGAGGCCAGGGUUGUGAAGCCACGCUCUGGGACUUGCGUCAGCCUGGCUGUAAAGUUGUGGAGUACAGAGGUCACCUGCAGACCACAGCCUGCUGCACAUUUCUACCUGUGUUUUCUGGUGGCUCGGCUCAGAUAGCAACAUCCUCCCACGACUGUUCGGUCAAAAUCUGGGAUCAGAAUACUGCAGUCUGUUUAGGGACAUUGUGCCUGGAUGGUGCUGGUCCUCUGGUUUCUUUGGCUCCCACCGAUACCAAUAGUUUGCUGUGUGCCAGCUUCAACGCCGGUCUCCAACAUAUCCAGCUGGACCAGGGGUCCCCCCAGGCACAGGGUUCUGGUGCUGGUUCAGGUGGUGCUGGAAGUCUGGAUAUGAGAGUUGUGGCACGAUUCUGACAGCACCAAAGCAGAUAAUGGAACUUAUAUGGACAUCAAGGCAUUCAGUGAGCAGUAACGACAUACUUCCUUUUUAAAAACCUUUUUUAUGUCAUCAUUUAAUGAUUUUACCGGCAUUUUUGCUUUACCAACCUGCCAUACCAAGAAAAUGCCAGAAGAGCGAUGGAUGGGAAAGGUGAGCAAGUGAUGUGUGAAGUUUGUGGCUUAAAUCCACAGUGCAGUGCAAAAAUGAUCAUACCCCCUUAUGAUCAACUACUUUACAACAGCUAGUAGUUGUAAAGUUUUCACUUUACAACUACAAACCUUAGUAUGUUUUAUUGGGAUUUUAUUUAAUAAGGUGACACAACAAAGUGCAUAAUCAACAUAGUUUUACAAAUAAAAAUGUGAUACGUGUGGCAA